UAAAAGGAAGGAGGGAGAGAGUGACAGUAGAGUGAAUUAACAGGGGACAUAUAGUGAGAUGAGAUGCACCCCUUUAACCAAACAGACACAACCGAAGUUGAGAGAGGACACCGGGAGCGAGUCCCAUUUAUUUCAGUUACCUGAAAACGUUAUUGAUGUGGGAGUGGUGGAUUGGUGUAUUAUUGGGUGUGUCUAGCCUGGCUAAAUUCAGUUCAUUUUCGGAGAUGCUGAUGGGGCUGUGUAUUCUUGGGAUUUCAGAAAAUCACUUGUUUGUUCUCGGCUUGUGACACUCAAAUCCGCUGAACCAAGCAACUCACUAGUCUAGUAGCCUAGAGUUCUUCAGAGCGCAGAACGGAUUCAGGUAGCUUCCGAGAAAAUCUCUCCUGCACACCUGAGACACUUAGACAUAACUGUUCUGCAUAGCAUACAUCUGGACAUAACUGUGCUUACAGUAUACGACGGAAGUUUCAGUCGAUUGGCAGAUCAAUAGGAUUGUCUUCAACCGCGCGCUCGUUCUAUGGGUCAGUUAUCCACGCAUAACUAGUUCUCGACUCCUACCUGUCUCCCCUUGAGUAUUGGUCCUGCAGCUAUAUAUCGAAAAGUCAGCAUCAUUCACCACAGCAAGCAAAAGACACAUCAAGAAACAUGGACACUCCAGGUGGAGGUGUCAUUCUGUAUGCGCGCUCCUCCGGCAGCCCCAGCCCUGGCAGCCCGUCCAGUGGGUACCAGACCCAGUCCCCCUCCUCCACCCUCUCCCAGCCCUCCUCCCCAGAGGAGAUCACCUUCACAGAACUCGGGUCCCUGAAGGGCCAGAGAGGGGGAGGAUGCACACCUCCAUCAUCCUCCAAGCUGGUGUUCCACUUCCCAGAAGUCUACAAUGUGGCUACAUCAACGUCCACCCACCAGCACUCGUACCAACACCCCAUCGCUGGGAAAAGGCCUAGUGGAUUCACAGGACCUUUCACCAAGACUGGCGGUAUGGUGCUCCUGUGUACAGUGUGUGGAGACAUUGCAUCUGGGUUCCACUACGGAGUGCACGCCUGUGAGGGUUGCAAGGGCUUCUUCCGUCGCAGCAUUCAGCAAAACAUCAACUACAAGAUGUGUGUGAAGAACGAGAACUGCCUCAUUAUGAGAAUGAACCGCAACCGCUGCCAACACUGUCGCUUCAAGAAAUGCCUCUCCGUGGGCAUGUCCAGAGAUGCUGUGCGUUUUGGCCGUAUCCCUAAGAGGGAGAAGCAGAGGCUUCUGGAUGAGAUGCAAAGCUACAUGAACAGCCUGAAUGAGUCUGCCACCAUGGACAUAGAGUCCUCCCCCGUCUCCGAAGCCCCUCCCAGCCCAGCAGAGGUUCCUUCUAAAGAGGCCAUCAGAGCCAUCUCGCGGGCCUAUCAGGACAUCUCUUCCAGCAGCCAAGACAGGGCAGCCAAGAGUGAACUCAACAUCACCAACUUACCAACAACAUCUCUGUUCAAGAGCAACACAUCUCAGGAGACCAGCUACGCCAAUGGCUCCUCCCACCUCGGCUCUGACUCCACCCAGGGGUACCAGUCCUGUCCUGCAGGCCUUGCCCCUCACUGCCCAGACACCAAUGACAACCACCAUACGUUCCCCUCUGUGGACAAAAGUCGCUAUAGUUGCCCCGCUACUUUGUCCAAUCAUGACCACGGACAGUCUAAUGUGGGCACAACUCAACGGGGCAGCUCGGCCAAUCACAACAGUUUCUCCAUGAAGGAAGAGACCCAAGAGCCGCAAACUCAGACAUCCUGUCCAUGGAAAUUAGCUGCUGGAACCAAAGUGCUGGCCUGUCCUCUCAAUGCGUGUCCUGUAUCUGCGGCCAGUCGUUCUGGACAGCAGAUAUGGGAGUCUUUCUCCCAGUGUUUCACCCCGGCAGUGAGGGAAGUGGUUGAGUUUGCUAAGGGUAUCCCUGGCUUCCAGGAGCUCAGCCAGCACGACCAGGUCAUGCUGCUCAAAUCAGGCACCUUCCAGGUGUUGAUGGUGAGGUUUUGUACAAUGUUUAACCCUGAGGAGCGGACGGUGACCUUCCUGAAUGGCCAGACGUACCCUCUGUCCACCCUGCGGGCGCUGGGGAUGGGGGCGCUGCUCGACGCCAUCUUUGACUUUAGUGAGAAGCUGGGAACUCUGAGGCUGGAGCCUGAUGAGAUGGCUCUGUUCAUGGCCGUGGUGCUGGUCUCUGCAGACCUUUCUGGCAUCGUUGAUAUGGGGGCAGUAGAACAGCUCCAGGAGGGGUUAAUCCGUGCCCUGCAUUCCCUCAUCCACUGCCGUCGUCCCGACGAGAGCGCGUCCAUCUUCCCCAAGCUGCUCCUGCACUUGCCCGACCUGCGCACCCUCAACAACCUGCACUCCGACAAGCUGCUGGCCUUCCGGAUUGACUCGUGAACAGCCCUGAACACACACACACACAUAGCAAUUCAGAACUCGCCGACCACCACCACUCUCUCAGGGCAAGACUUCCCAGGAGAUUGAGGAACACUGACUUGGGCAAUCAAUCAACAACAACAACAAAUGUUCACGAUGCAUGUUUGAAAAAGGACAAUAAUUAAUAUAUUGAUCUCCAUCCUGUUUUCAUGCACACACACACACACACACACACACACACAACCACAUUUGGGCAAAGAUAGUCUGUUAGAACGUACAUCAGUGUUUUAGGCUUACCGUUACCCUUUUGAACAGGUGUGUAUUGGCAGUUUACCCGUUGUUUUCCAGUCUUUAAGAGACCAAAAGCCAAAAGUUCACUUACUUGUUUAACUUAUUCCUAAUCUCCUGACCAUUGCCAAACCACAGUUGAGAGAGAAUCAGAGAGGAAGAUGUUUGUGGACAAUGAUAAGUUUAGGGACCAUUAUUGGUGACUGAAUGUGUGGGUGUUUAGUGUUUGUAUAAGAGAAAGGGACCCUGUAUAUAAUAAUACAUACAAUUUACACUUAA